AUGGCCGAAUCGACACUCUACAAAUUAGACAAUGGGGCAAGUUAUCCUACAGAUUGUUUCCCAAUCCGACCACUUCUUCAUCAGAGAAAAGAAGCCGCUGGACACUGGCUAGUUGCCCGCGGAAAAGUAAUGGAGGAGAAGUACAGGAAAUUGCGGAGUAAAAAAUCAGGGAGACGUCGUUGCGCAAGACCAACUGUUCAAUCCGAUUGUGAAAAAAGCAAAUCCGACAGGAAAUCAGAGAUCACUGGUAACAUAUUAGAUGGACCCUUCUUGAUAUCUUUGCAUUGCGUAGACAAGCCUUCUGAUCUGUGCUCCAUUGACAUCAGUGAGAGAAGGUUGUCCUCAGCUAAGCUGGAGGAUCUGGAGCAGUUUGGCAAUGUUGUCUACAUCAAUGCAUCAGACAAUUAUUUGACCUUAGAGCCUUUUAAGAGGUUUCCAGCAUUGAGAGAGCUGGACCUGUCUCUCAACCGCCUCCAUUCUUUAGACGUCCAUGCUGGAGACCUUCUUCAGUUAGAGGUGUUGGAUUUAUCCUACAACAACAUAUCAAAUGAAGCUCUGUUGUCAGUUGGUCUUCUUCCUUCACUAAAAGUGCUGCACCUCACGGGAAAUGAAUUGUACGCUCUUCCUCCCAAUAUGGCUGCACCUCAGGCCGGUCCUGAUGAGAUGGCACCGCCGGAUUGCUUGCUGUUUCAAAGCCUUGAAGUGCUAAUGCUUGAUGACAACAGAUUAUCAUCCCCUGGUGUUUUUCUUAGCCUUGCCGGUCUAAGGAGUCUCCAGCAUUUAAACUUGCAGCAAAACUGCAUCUCUGAGGUCCCAUUUAUAGAACUGGGACUCUCACAGAAGGUCCAGACCUCUGGAUGCACAGACAGAGGCGAGUGGUCAGACGAUUUCUGUGUGCCGUUCCCAGAGCUUCGUUUCCUGAAUCUUGCCGACAAUGAGAUUGCUGAAGAAGAAGCCUUGAUGGCUGUGGCGAUGUUCCCAAUGCUGGAUGAGCUUGUGAUUCACUCUAAUCCUCUGACAACACAGAGGAGCGGUGACCCACCGAUGUUGACCUAUUUUCUUCAAGACAAUUUGGGUAUUAAAUUGAAACGCAGCAAGACAGCAGAACCUGUGAAACCACCCGUCAUGCUCGGUGUCAAUCCAAGAUGGAAGGUUGAAACUAAAAUUUCAAAGGUGUCAAAAGUACCAUGGGACUUUCAAACUCUUCACGCUUUACCCUUGAAUGAACAAAAGCCAUGUUUGGAGAGAAAUGUUGAAGAAAUGAGUCCCCUGCCAUUGGAGUGCCAGCCACAUGAUGUUUUGGACUUUUUCUCACAAACCAGCUUUGAAGAAAAAAAAAGGACAGUAAAUACUCAAGAAUUUGAUACGCCUUAUGGAACAAAUACACACAACCUUACCGAGACCUACGAAACCGAGAAGUCAUUUUUUAUGACUGAGGUAAAUGGUCUAAAUGAAUCAGAGGACCAUGUAAAAUCUGAGAAAACAGAAACACCUGGAAAAACAGUGAACCUGGAGACAAAUGUCUAUCCAGAGAAGUUUGAAGAUUAUGAAGUUCUGUUAGAUGCAAAAAAUCCUGAUAUUUUGAUUCCCGUAGGGAUUCAACAUACAGUUAGAGCUUUGGAACAAGCUCUCAAAAAUCUCCUUGUGUAUAAAGAUUCCAAAGUCGAUCACUUUCAGCAGUCAUACGUAGAAAAGGAGAAAAAGACUGGAAACCUACCAGCUGUGAAACCAAGAAGGCUGAAAGGAGAGAAAGCUGAGGAAAUGCUGACCAAAAUGAAGGAAAGGAAAACAGUACAUGAAGUUUCUUUAGACAAAGUUCUGAAACGCAAAGCUGUGUGCAAGAAAGAAUAUGAAGAGGCAAUGAACUUACUCUUAGACAUGAAGAAUAAAUACAAAAUGGUUUAUUCAAAAACAGUGGAACAUGCCACCCAAAUAGAGACCGAGAUGACCACAGACCAAAAAUCAAAAUAA